UAUCGGCGAUUCAUGACGUCACAUGGUGCAAACCCAGCAUUCGAAUUUCUGUAUGACGAGUUUGUUUGGCAAAGACAGUGUGUUAUAUGUGCCCCGAUCACCCCAUAUUCAUUCGCUGGAUUUUAAAGGAUUUAUAGCAACUAUUACAUGUCGAUGUGGGUGUCAAUAGGCUAAAUUUGAGGCAAAAUGCUCAAGUGUAUACCCCUGUUUCGCGCUUGUAAUCGCCAAGUCGAGUACGUGGAUCGGCGACAUUGGGGAUUAACCACUGUCCCUGAUGAUGUUUUUAGAUAUGCCAGGAGCUUGGAGGAGUUAUUACUAGAUGCCAAUCAAAUAAAGGAUCUUCCUCGAGGCUUCUUCCGUCUCGUGCAGUUGAGGAAAUUGAGCCUUAGUGACAAUGAGAUCGGACGCUUGUCGCCCGAUAUUGGCAGUUUCGUCAAUCUCAUGGAGUUGGAUAUUAGCAAAAAUGAAAUAUUCGAUAUACCGGAGAGCAUCAAAUUCUGUAAAAAUCUCCAAGUACUCGAUUUUAGCAGCAAUCCUAUAUCAAGACUGCCUGACGGUCUGACGCAGCUCCGGAACCUUACACACCUCGGCCUUAAUGAUGUAUCGCUGGAGAGGUUGCCGUAUGACAUCGCAAGUCUCACCAACCUUCAAUCUCUGGAGCUGCGAGAAAACCAACUGAAGGAGUUGCCAAGGUCACUGUCAUACCUGACAAAACUGAAAAUACUGGAUGUCGGCAGUAAUGAGAUCGGGGCCUUGCCGGACACAAUAGGUCAUCUACCAUCUCUGGAAGAGCUGUGGUUGGACUGUAAUGACCUCACUGAUUUGCCAGUGGAGAUCGGCAACCUGAAGAGGUUGACACAGCUGGAUGUUUCUGAGAAUCAGCUGGACUAUCUGCCAGAGGAGAUAGGUGGCCUGCACAAUCUGACUGACCUCUCCUUGUCUCAGAACAACCUAGAAUACCUGCCUGAUGGAAUAGGGUUCCUGAAGAGACUAGCCAUCUUGAAAGUUGAUCAGAACCGGCUGAUCGCCCUGACUCCACACAUAGGAAGCUGUGAAAAUUUACAAGAACUAAUUUUAACAGAGAACUUAUUAUCAGAUUUGCCAAUAACAAUAGGAAAGCUAAAAAAUCUGUCUAAUUUGAAUGUAGAUAGAAACAGACUUACAGAAAUUCCAAUAGAGCUGGGGAAAUGCACCAAACUGGGGGUCCUGUCCCUGCGAGACAACAAGCUGCUUAGGCUACCGCAGGAGUUGGGCAACCUGGUGAAAGUACACGUCUUAGAUGUCUCAGGGAACAGGUUGGAGUAUCUGCCAAUCACAGUCAUGAACCUCAACCUGAAGGCCUUGUGGUUGUCCGAGAACCAGGCACAGCCUAUGCUGAAGUUCCAGACCGAUUUCGAUGAGCGGACAGGACAGAAAGUGCUCACCUGUUUCCUGCUCCCUCAACAAGGCUUCCACACAGAGAGCAUGGAGAACCUGCUGCGCGGCAGCACGGCAACAGAUGGCGACAGUCGACUCAGCUGGACGGACAGCACACAACGAAAUCAGCGCGAGAGUAUUAUCAGGUUUGCUGAACAUGAGAGGGAAUCCGAUGAAGACUCAGAGACCACGUUUGUACGCCAUGACACUCCACAUCCUAAAGAACUGAAAGCUCGGCAUGCAAAGUUCGUCAAACAGAACAAAGGCAUCGACGGUCAUGUCAUUCCCCACAAUGAAAAAACUGCAGAGGACAAGGCGUUCAUGCCACAGAGGGACAAUGAUCCACGCUGGACAGAAGAUGACCAUUCAUCGGUUGAUGACAAACCCGAGAGGAAGGUUGCCAUGCUUAUUGAGCCACCACAGAUCAUCAAAGCCCCUGAACUGGAAGGACCGCCGCCCCCUCAGGUGGAGUCGGAAUCAUCAACAGAAGAAGACGAGCUUCCGAAGGAAACACAGCCCCUCCUGAAGAGUGUGACAAUCGCCCCGGUCACUAUGAUGUCAGAUGACCGGGCCAUGGACACGUCACAUGAAAGCGGGGAGCUGAGGGAACGCAAGGCUGACGACUCUGAUGAAGAUGCAGAUGGGACAAGGAGCGAGGAUGAAUAUAGUGAUAAUGACUCGGAAGACAUGCGUGAGAGGAAGGUGGGCUUUGCUGACGACAUAGAGGAGCAGCCCGAGAAGGACCACCGACUCCGCCGCCGCGACACGCCCCACUACCUCAAGAACAAGCGUAUCAACCUGAACAGCAGCAAGGAGGAUGCUGAGCAGAAAGUGCGGGAAAUACUUGCACAAGCCGCUGCACAGAAGGAUAAAGCAGCUGUAGAUUCUGAUUUAGCGCCUCCAGAAGAUGAGACGAUGUCCUUGACAACACAGCACGUCCCAGUGAAGGUGGAGGAAGAGGCGGUGGCUAUUACCAUACGCCGUGAACCCGGGCAGGGGUUGGGGGUCAGCAUUGCAGGGGGAAGGGGGUCAACUCCAUAUAAAGGAGACGAUGAGAGUAUAUUUAUUUCAAGAGUUUCGGAGGAAGGUCCUGCAGGGAAGUCGGGCAUAUUGAAAGGCGACAAACUUAUAUCAGUUAAUGGCCAGGACCUGAAGGAUGCUGACCACUACGACGCUGUCAACGUCUUGAAGAGCAGUGGGAAUGACAUCAUCAUGGUUGUAGGCAGGGAGAGGCUUGUGCCCAACUCAGUUGCUGAUGUGUGUGACGGGGAGGACCACACCCACACCAGCGUGGCCACCGUGUCAUUCAGUCCGGAGCCAGAGAUGGAGGUGUAUGGGGAGACAAUUGGAACCACACUGUAUCGGGAUGCUGGUGGUCUGGGCUUCAGUAUAGCUGGUGGGCGUGGCUCCGUGCCGUACAAGGGCAAUGAUACACAACUCUAUUCCCUGCUGGAGGCCAUCUACAUAUCACGGAUAGUGGAAGGGGGAACAGCACAUAACGAUGGCAAGCUGCAAGUCGGGGAUCGCAUCAUGUCGAUAAACAACGUGGAUCUGUCCGACGCGCGUCAUGACCAGGCAGUGGCCCUGCUGACUGGCUCCGACCGGACGAUACAGCUUGUUGUAUAUCGGGAGAAAAUUGUCCCAAAGUCCCCAGACAGUAAAGACACAACUGACACAACCACAGGACACAAGCUGCCAACGAUGACACAACCACGUAUUCAUUGGAACGACAGCUUACCUACAGCUGACAACGCCACACUCAACGUCAGUCAAUCGGAAGUCAGCUCUAGUCCAAGUGUGUUUGCUUCUGCUGUGCCAUCCUCAUAUACAUAUCAGAGCCAAGUUACUCCAGGUGCUGAAGAAGUACCCUCCCCUGUUGUUAGGCCACCCCCCUCCCCCACCACCCAAGCCACCCCUUCACCCACAAUCCAAGCCAAUCCUUCCCCUAGUGCUGGACAAUCUUCACCAAAGGCGGCGCCACGGACACUGUCGUCUGAUUGGUCAACUCCCCCAGCUGUGGUCCAGCCGCCCAAGUUUGUGUAUCCCGGGUUUAACCGGUCCCCCAACACGUCCCAAUCGUCCAUACGGACUACGGAAAACAAGGAAAACAUUUCCCCAACACCAGCUACAGUGUCUUUCUCAAAUCAGAGUGUAAAUAGUUCUUAUGUCAGUGACUCCAGCGUCCCCAGUGCGGUUUUAUCGGGGAAGGAAGUUAGUGCUGGAAACAGCACAGUUAUGAUGGAGCGACAAACAAUUAGUAAAGUGCAUGUGAAUCACAUUGAUUCUUCUUCAGCAGAUAAAGAACAACCCUUUCAUGAGGACAUAGUGAUACGAAAAGCUGGGGGCCCCCUGGGUCUCAGUAUUGUGGGCGGCAGUGAUCACUCAAGUCAGCCUUUCGGUGCCGAGGAACCAGGCAUUUUUGUAUCCAAGAUAGUUAAAGAUGGUGCUGCUUCCAAAUCAAAGUUGAAAAUAGGAGAUAGAAUAAUAGCGGUUAACGGCAAAAACGUAACGGAAUGUACACAUCAAGAGGCUGUGAUGGCACUGAUUGCCCCUACGUACGAGAUCAACCUGUCUGUGCGACACGACCCGCCACCGAAAGGUUUAGAGGAACUUGUUAUAGUGAAGGAACAGGGAGACAAGCUUGGUAUGAGUAUUAAGGGUGGUAUCAAGAACUUCUCUGCAAACCCUCGGGACAAGAAUGAUGAGGGCAUCUUUAUUUCACGGAUUAACGAAGAAGGUGCUGUUGGGAAAGAUGGACGGCUUGUGAUAGGCCAGAGAAUACUUGAGGUGAAUGGUACGAGUUUGCUUGGGUCAACUCACCAAGAAGCUGUUCGAGCAUUGCGUAGUGUUGGGGACAUGAUGAAUAUCAUGGUGUGUGAUGGCUAUGACCCUAACUCCACCCCGGAGAUAUCCAGUCCUGGCAGUCCGGUCGGCUUUCUGGCAUCAUCCCGGCAAGGCUCUGUAUCGAGUAUUGACAGGGAGGAUGAGGAAAUGCGGUUAAUCCGACAGGACGAGGACAUGAUUAAGGAGACCCUACAAUGGGAGGCGGAACAUUCCGAACACCUGGAACGACUGAGGAGAGAACGGGAGCAGGAAGAGCAACGACUCCAAGCUGUCGCGGCUGCCGAAGAAACGGCUCGACAGACAGCCAUACUGCAACAAGAGCAUGCCCAAAUCCGUGGACCAGAAAGUCCUAAACAGAGUGCUGUGAUUGAUAAAGUGCCUGCCCCACCCAGCUCAAGCCCACCCAGUGAGCAAGAAGAGACCAUGCCCCCCAAGAAGGCCAAACCCCCUGUCCCCCCUAAACGGGUGGCCCUCUCUCGUCAGGCGGAGGUAGUUGACGAGGAGGAUGUCAUUGAUCCACGGAAACAGGCCCGGCUUCCGGCGGGGAAACUUAUUGCUCAAAAGAACACUAACAAUCAGUCUGCUCCCAAUGAAGGUCUGACGUUCAGUGACAAGCGCCGCUUCUUUGAGAAGGAAAUCAAGGAACAGAAUGAACCUAAAACACAAACAAAAAAAUUUAGCUACUUGGCUGAACAUGAGGUGGCAAAACUGAAACUGGAAGAGGAGAAGAAAACAGCGGAUAUGUCACAGGAGGAGAUCCUCUCGUUUGUUACAGGCAGCAUCGCUACGGAGAUCUCAGGGGACCAGGAUUAUGGCAAAGUCCUUGCAAGUCUUGAUCCCCGGAGUUACCCACCAGGGGGCGGGGUUGUAAGAACAGCAAAAGCCGAACGUCGGCUCUCAGAUCGGGUCCAGUUGGAAGGUGGCAGCCCGCAGGAAGACGGGGAGAAAUUAUCACCAGCUGAGGAGCGGGAACUACAGGCAGAGAAAAGAGCUGCAUGGAGGAAGGCUAGGAUGAAGUCGCUGGAGGCAGAUGCUGUUCGCGCUCAAGCUGUGAUCGCUCGUGCGCAGGAGAUGUCCAAAGAUACAACGACAGCAACAUCAGGUUCUACACUGUCAACAGUCGACAUAGCAUUUGCCGAUGAUGAAGACGACGAAGCUAAUCACAUGGGUCAGAACGGGGAGCACUCAUCUCAGACCAGGUUGCCUAGCAACGUAGGCAGCCAUCUUGUUGUAGUGAGUAAAGAGGGAGACACGACGGUUGAAGAAAAUACCCGUGUUGUAGAUGAAAAAGUUCAGACAAAGACUGAGGAAUAUUUCGAUGAGCAUACGGGCAAAAUAUCAUUUCGAACUAUUCAAGUGGUAGAGAAAACUGUCGAACAUGAGGUGGAAGUAACCAAGCAGCAGAUUUAUGAAGUAAACCUCCAACAGUCGCCUGUAUCGCGCUACAACAGCACAGGCGGCAAGCGGUAGGUGAAUGCUAACACUGAUGCUGCCACAAUCAGGGACGUCUAGUUUGCCCAGCUCCUCAUCCCGGUCUGUGCUCAGUAGCCAAGUUCCUCAUCCCGGUCUGUGCUCCUUGGCCUGUGUGAGCUGUCGGAGCACAUUCCAUCUUCAGGCUAGACAUCUAUAUCAAUCAGACCUGUAUCUCUUCACACAGAUUAAUAACCAUAGACCCAGGGUGUGUUCGAUUGGUGAAUCGCUGUCCACGGUUAACCCAACACACACAUAUACACAUCAUUAAUCACCUAAGUGCUAUUUCUCAUUUUAUAUACCUUCAUCACAAAUAGCUCAAAAACAAUUAUUAUAAUAUUAUGUACAGGCAAUCGACUGAUCUACAGACUAACAUAGCACAAGUUAUUGUUUCUGCCAUGGAUUUAUCAUGUAGAUAGAUAGUGUUUGGUUAGCCAUGGACUGGUCUCACCAAUCCAACGCAGGCCUUAGAAUUACCUGGAUCUGCUUAACCAAACUUGUUCCAGUGAUGUUACGUUGAUGUAAGAUACUGUAUUGGCUGGGGGCAGUUACUACGGUGAUGUUGUAUGUUUGGUUGUGAUUAUAAGUACAAUGCAAGUUUGCCUUUGUUACACAUAAACUAGCUUUGGUUAUAUGUGACUUUCAACAUGGACUAAUUCAGAUUAUUUGUAAAUUUCGAGAUUUAUGUGUUUUUGUAGCUUUAAGUUGAAAUUGUUCUGCCUAUGUUGGUUUGUUUUCAGCAGUUUACAUAUCAAAACACCAACUGUGUGUAUGAAUCGGGACAGGAGAGAUAUGCAUGUAUAAUUGAAACAGUGAAAGUGCAAUAAUGUUUAAACUAAUCCAUUUUAUCUCGCCAUGAACAUGUUACUUCUUAAAGAUUCAGUGAUGGAAGAUAUUGUUCCAUUUGUAAGAAGUUUUAAGAUUGUGUGUAUAAUCUACUGAUGGUUUAUAUGUAACACACUAGUUACUGUUUACAUACUGUUUAUUUACCCUUGCAAUUAUUGUACAAAGUGUUCACCAAAACAAUUGAACAUAGGUGUUACGGAUUAUUUAAGACCAACCAGACACUGACUCCUGUCAAAGUGCACAUAUUGUAGUAAGUGGGAUACACAAACUCAGAGACUGUAUUUAAGACUUGGUGCCAAACUGUUGUCCUUUGUCAUCUCGGUAUCCAUCUGUUCCUUGUUUGUCCAGCUGCCUGACCCACUUCGUCCUCCAUAGAUCAUUCCUUUCUCUAUGAGCUAACAACCCUUCCCGCCUCACCCCAGAGGACAGAGUUUUAGGGGCUAGCACAUUCUGUUUCCCUGCCACUCUAAGUGUACAGAUACGUUGCUUGUAGCAUCUUGCUGUGUAUAUAUUUAGUUCCUGUAUUGUCCGGAUGUUUUUAGUUACUAUUUAACUUAUGAAUACCCAUGUUUUAUACAGUUUUAUUAUUGGUACCAUUUAUAAUGUUGCGAUUCUUCAUUCCCGAGUUUUAGUCUUCAUAGUUUUACACAUUUUAUCCCUUACAUUUUGACAGCUUCAGCGUUGCCCAAUAUUUGAACAAAUUAACCAAGGUUGACAGCAUGAUUAAGCUUAUUAUUUUAUCCCUAUUCAUUGUUUUACUAAUUUAGCAAAUAGUAGCCUAUUGGCAUCGUAGAAGUCACAAUUGAACAUCAUCCCCUUCUCUUUUGACCCUCUGUAAGUUAAGUUUGAAUUGUUAAGCAGUCCAGUUGAGCCCUAAAUAUUUAGUUUAGUGGUCCCUGCCUGUGGCACAGUAUCGAUGGCAGACGUGGGGAGUGUAUGCAACUAGCCAACCGUCAUCUCUCUUUCAUGUUUAUAUCCUUGUUGAUAUCAUGCGUAUUGCCGUCACAACAUGCCAUACAAGUCAUAUCAUUGGAGUGUAAAAUUUGUACAAAGUGUUAAUUGUGCUUGUGGGAGGGCUGGCUGUUUAUAUAUAUGUGGGUGGGGGUGUGUAUCUAACUUAAAUAAGUAAACAUCUUGCCUCAAUCGUGUGCCGCAGCGUUUUGUAAUUAUUCAAUUAUUCAACCCGUGUCAGUACUGUUGUUAACUGGCACAGUUCGUCCCGUGGUAGAACAGAGGGUGUGUUAGAAAUGAUUCAUGACACUGCUAGACUGUAAUAACUUUGUUCAUGCUUCUUCAGAAUUAAUACCUGGGUGAAAAAAAUACAUUCAAUCUAUAUUACAUUGAAGACCCCUUCCUUUUUCCUGUUGCCAUGGUUACAAAUUUCAUGAUUUUAGAAACCACAUUGUUCACCCUGAUAAUUCUGUGAUCAUUCUGAUUUUAAGCAUCUCAACCAGAGCUGAGUUGAGGUGUGCCUGGCUUGGUCACUUUUUAUAGUUUUAUUUUUUAAUAUUGCUUUGGGUUUUUUAUGUUCUGUUUUGAAGAAUCAUUUUUUGAAUUCAUUUGGAUUGGCAAGUUAUUAAGUUUCAUGGCCAGUAUUUUUGCAUUCAUCAAUAACAAGUAUCAUUUUUAUGAAGAUGAACAUACAAUGUGUCACAAUAUUUUAUUGUUAUAUAACUAAAAAUUGCCAAAAAAAAGUAUGUUUAUGCCUCUAGGCUGCUUAUGAGUGAAAGGGUUAACCUUGACACUUUGACUUUAUCGUGAUAGACAUUCACCAGCCAUACUAACCUCACCUCAGCUCUUGCUAGUCUCUGUGUGUGUGUGAGAGACAACUUAGCGACACUGUUUACAAUGUUACAUUAACCAUGUUUUACCGCCGACCGUCGUGGGUCGACCUCUACUGCCUUUUGUACAUUUCACUCAUGAAAUAAAAAGGAUCUAUACAUUA